CUCUCCCUUUUCUGUUCUUUAUAAAUUAAACCUCCCCAAACCUCCACUGUUUUAUUCACCCCCAAACCUUAAACACCAACACCACCAACAACAACAAUAAUAACAAUUUGCUUCUACUACAGCUUAACCCAAAUGGCUGAGGAGUUUUCUGAAUCCGAGGUUGUUUUCUCCGACAGCCUUAAUCCUCCUCCUCCGUGUGUAACAGAAAGCAAGGAGUUGUUGAAGGCAUCACGCGGUGAGAAUGAGAAGAAGAAGAAGAAGAAUUCUGUUGGUGGAGUUGAAAUGAAGACGGUGACGAGAUCGAUGCCGGUGAGCAUACCUGAUGGGAUGUUCCAAAGGUGGGGUAUUGGAUUCGAGGAGGCGGAGGAUGAGGAGGAGAUGGUGCCGCCGCACGUAAUUAUGGCGCGGAGGAUCGCCGGUAAAAUGACGUUUUCGAUGUGUACCGGAAACGGAAGGACUUUGAAGGGAAGAGAUUUGAGCAGGGUUAGGAAUUCAAUUCUUAGGUUGACUGGUUUUAUUGAAGUCUGACAUUCAUAUAAUCAUCUUUCGAUUUUGGUGGAGGACAAAUUCUAAAAUAUAUCCAUUUUAUUCGUUUUCCUUCAUUGAUGAAUAAUUUUUUAAUUUCUGAGAUCGAACUUUUUUGGGACUCUCAUCCAUUGUUAGAGGGAACACAAAUUAUAGAAGAAUAUUAGAAAUAAUGAAAGUGAAUUUAGUUAUUGAAUUUCAUGUUUUUUUAAUUUCAUUGUUGGGAUUAAUUGUCUAACAUUGUUUGUUGGAGGCAAAUAUUGGGUUUGUUUGAUUGAUUUGCUUGCUUACGCACUGUCUGCGCAAAUGCACACCCAGCUGUGACUAUGUCUGUGCUGCUUUUUCA